GGGGAAAGGGGGGACCGCGACCGGCGGCGCCGCGGAGGGGCCCUGCUAGUCCCUAGGGGGGUCCCCGCGGGACGGCCGGCGGCGGGGCAGGGGAGUCGGGUGCGGCGGCGCUGACACCCUCCGGUGGGCUGCGGUACUUCCCCAGUGCCCCUGGCUCGGCGCCGCGCUGACAGGCUGCGCUGCCCGUGCUGCCCGAGCCCCGCGGGCUGCGGUUAAGCCGCGGUCCAGCCCCGCGGUGAGAGGCUCCUCGGCCUCCGUCGGGUGGGUUGUCCGGGCGGGGUAACGUCUUAUGUUCCCUUCCUCAUACCUUACCCGCUGCCGUCUGCCCCGGUUUUCCGUGCCCGGCGCACGGCUCCUGGACCGAAAGGCAUCAGUUUGUGUGUAGAAGCAAUGUGCCCUGGCUCUGCCCGGGCUCUGCCCCGUGCCCCUUCCCCUCGCUGCUCCGCUUUCUGCUGGCCGGACGCGGCAGCCCCUUACCACCUGCCUGCUUUGCUCCCGAGCAGCUGGCACAGCACCUUUCUUUUUUUUUUGGGUGGGAUUUUUUUGGUUUUGGGGAUGUUGGUUCAGGUGUUUUUUGGACUGUGACAGCUGGCAGUGAGUAAAAGCUUAUGGACGCUAGGGGGAGGUAUAAUGGAUGCCCCCCAUGGAUGAGCGAGCAGAGCUCUGGUUCAGGCAUCACGGUCAAGCAGGCCUGACCUACACCGGCUCUGUUGUGUAAACCAUGAGAACCAUGCAAGGCCGCAUCUUCUCAGGGACCAAGGAGUUCAGGACACAUCUUAUCAGGAGAUAGCAGCACCAGCCCAAGCUGGGGCUAGACAAAACUAAAACCGACACAGCUGCAAAAACACCAAGUGGGGUUUGACUACGAGUCCAUCGCUUCAUCCUAUAAAUAAUUUUCGCCUCCCUGUGCCCACUGAAGUCUCCUGUACAGCGGCGCGCUGCACAGCAGGGAUCUCUCCAGGAGCAGACGUCUGCCAAAGUUGCUCCUGGAGACUGAGAGACUCUUCACUCAGCAUCUGAUACCUGCGGCUGAGAGUCCCUUCACACACCAUCUGAUACCUUGAUACUACAGCGAGAGCCCCGGCAGCCGUUGCCAUUGCACAGGAGACUCUGCAGGGGCUGAGGGACAUCUAGAAGGAGUUCUGGUGUCUCGCCGGUGCCUGUGCUCACUUUGAGUGUCCUGCUCAGAUGUCAUGCCCAGAUGAACUGGCUCUCCUGGCAGAUGAUGACCUGCUUGACUUCCUCCUGAAGGAAGGUUGUUUUAUGCCUGAAAUCCCAGUGGGGGACAAUGAUCUGCUGGAAGACUGGGGGCUGCCGGAGCCUGAGCCUCUGGACAAGGAUAUGGAUGAUUUCAUCACGUCCAUUCUGAAUCCCUUUCAAGAUGGGGCAGGCACGGUGCAGGUUUAUCUACCUGCUGAUAGUGGCAACACCGUUCCUGAGGAUCAACUUCAGUUCCCGAGUUCUGGCAUCGACUUUCCUGGCAGUGACUUUGCCAUCGACGCCCAGGGCUCAGAAAUCGUGCAGGCUGAUCACAACUAUUCCCUCCACUGGGAUUGGUCUAUGCUGCAAAGCAUGGCAGCUGACCUGGCAGGAGUAGACAUGGCAGAGGACGAUACAUCCAUUGGUGUCGCUCCUGUGGAUGCCAUACCCCAGGUUGAGCCUGCUGCCAUUAUGCAGGCAAACAUCCCAGAGCUGGUCCUGACCGAGGAGCAGAAGCAACUCCUGAUGGGUGAAAGUUUUUCUUAUCUGCCACUGACCCAAGCUAAAGACCAGCUUCUGACGAAGGUACGUCGGAAGGUCCGGAACAGGCAGUCACCCCAGAAUAUUUAUCGCAGGAAGAAGAGCAACAUGGACCACCUGGAAAACAAGGUGGCAGCCUGCAUGGCUCAGAACCAGAGGCUGGAGAAGAAGGUGCAGGUGCUGCAGAAGCAGAACAGGUCACUGUUCGUCCAGCUGCGAAAGCUGCAGGCAUUUGUGGACCAGCCCACUUUCAGGACUGCCGUGGCAAAAACCUACAUGACGGUGAUUCUGUCCUUCAGUGUCUUUUUCUCGCCCAAUGCCUGCUUGGUUGAACGCAUCAGGUCAGGGCUGGAUCUUGAAGCAAUUCAUCAUCUGAUGCUCUGGCAGCAGCUGGCUUCGAGCUGGUUCCCUUUGAGCCUCAGGAGCAGCACUCCCAGGGCAGCCCUUUGUAGGCAGAGGUCCUUGUCUUGUGGAAGGGGAAGAGGCAGGAGCGGACCCAUCGUGCUGCCCCAGCGGGGUCAUCCUGCAACACCAUGCAGGUGUGACUUCUGCCGCUACCUCCUGCAUCUCGGGGUGACCCUGGGCAUCCUGCCGGGAAGGAGCGAGCAGAGCCGCCUUAGUUCCAUCGAAGCCUUAGCGGAUAAUCCAUCAAAGUAGAUUCUUCUGAAUACUCCCUUAGUUGCUGGCAGCUCAGGGGGUUUAUCGGGGAGGUAUUCCUCCUCUCACGCUUUGCUCUGUGUUUCUACAGCAGGACUCCAUCUGAGAUAGAAUAGAAAACUGCCAAUUUUGCUAUAGCUGCUGGCACGGCCUGCAGCUCAGAGUGCAUCCCUGUGGCUCGCAGGGAUGGGCUGUGGCAUGGAGGGUGAAGGUGGUCAGGUCUGAGGUUGCUGUUAGUUAGUCUGCACUAGCUGGAUGGAGUCUAUUGUCCCGCUGCUUCUUUGCCCAGGUGGAGGUGAACAAGCUAGAUCUUACUGUGUCUGGUGGCCACAAACAUCUGUCCCUUGCCCCUUCCCCUUAAUCCUGCAGCGUUGCCUGAUUUCUAGGUGUGAGAUAGGGAGCUGCCCUUCAGUGCUCCCACAAUGAGUGAUCCUGCCAUUGCAACAGGCCCUGCGUGUCGCCUGUUCCUGCUAGCUUUUGAGCCAUGGGCACAGCUCCCGGUUUGGAUAGAGGAGGUAAUGUGAAGUCCUUCCCAAGCCAUAUGUGCUGUUGCCUUCUGUAGGGGCUGAGUCUUUCCACAGCCCACUCUGUUUAUCCUGGACCUCAGGGGAAGGCACAUCUCGAACGUUCAUGUGGGGAGGGAUGAAGCACAGCUCAGCAGAGCUGCUUGCUCCUCUGCAGGCUUUCAUGGCCGCAUGAUGUUCUCAAAGCUGCGACCUUGUGUGCCCAAGCUUUGCUGUGCUGGCCAAGGAUGCAGUCAUCUGUUUCUGGUUGCUCUACAGGGCUAAGCAGAAAAACUUUUGACAUGGUGAGCAGCGUCUUUCUUGAAGUGCAGCUUAGUAGUGAACAGUAAAAAGACCAGCUGUUUGUUAUAAGUGACUUACUGCUGCUGAAACAGCUCUACUGGGCACUUUCUGCUUUAAAACUUUAAAACUACUUUAAAACUAUCAUUUAAUGGUUAAUCAUUUCUCCUUUCCUACUGUAGGACAUUUCAUAGAACCAUAUAGAAUAGUUUAGGUUUAAGGGACCUUUAAAAAUCAUUUAGUCCACCUCCCCUGCCGUAAGCAGGGACGCCUUCCACUAGAUCUCCAUAGUAGCUAAUACUUUCCUUAUUAAUAGCAAGUAAAUAAAUAGUAAUGAAGCAUGA